AUGAAACCAGUGAGGUCCUCAAUCGACCGAAAGCUGCUGAAGGUCGUAUGUCUCUAUGAGUUACGGAAGGCUGUGGAUAACGUUGGUAGUGAUGAGCUUCUCAUGCUGAUUAAGCAGCGUAUUGGCACCAUAAAGAGCGAGCAGACCCCUGACUUGGACGAGUUGUUCGAGAAGAAGUUAAAGAUCACCUUGGCAGAAGAUGAUAUCCAUGCUCAUGUGCUACGGUACUACCGUGAUUUCUCCUCUAUUAUUGAAAACCAUGGUUUAGGGAAAAUACUCGGUGUCGGAGACCCCGAUGCAGAGGGGUUUGCUGAUCGCAUGAAGCUACGAUGCACCAUCUUGAUCGAUAAUCUCGAGCCUCGUAUGAGAGGCAAAGACAAAACGAUGUCAUGCUCUUCAAUAUCAUUAAGGAGAAGGCAUUGGCUCAGCACAAGUAUCACUUGCUGUCGAUAG